AUGAUGGACCUUGUCCGUAUCCUCACUAAGUUUGGAGACACGCAAAGAGAACUCAUACAAGCUGUUAAAGAAUUGAAGAAUCCAGUCCCCGCACCGAAACCAGUCACUGAGCCAAACGAUACAAGGGAGAAGGUUUCGCAACAAGAAUCAGCAGCCAAGGAGUCUGAGCAGAAGGGACCAUCUUUUGUUACACAGGAGGAUGUGGUUGCAAUACUAGAAAAAGAGUUUCACCGCGCAAACGAGGAUUGGAAGUAUAUCCCUCAACCUCCUUACCCAUCAAGCUUGACUUCCCUGCCUUACCCUAAAGGGUAUGAAACACUAAAUUUUGUCCUCUUUGAUGGGAGGAAGGGAAGCCCCAAAGAGCACAUUAGUCGUUUCAUUGAUGCACUCGGACCUCAUGCGGGGAAUCAUAAUCUCAGGCUUCGUGAGUUCUCAAAAACACUCACUGAUCGUGCCUAUACAUGGUACACCACACUUGCUGCAGGCUCUGUUCGAACUUGGGAGGAGUUGGCAAGCAAAUUCUGCAAAAAAUAUUUUGAGCACGAAGAAAGAGUUACUGUUACUCAACUCAACUACACUCGUCAAAGGACAGCCGAGAACCUCGUCGACUUCGUUCGCAGGUUUCGUGACUUGGCCCUUGAUUGCUACGAUGAAAAAGGAGAGCAAUCCCUGGUAGAAAUUUGUGUCAGCAACAUGCUACCAGAAUACAGGGUCUACCUUGAGAAUGUUGGUAUCGCCCAAUUCUCCGGACUAAUGGAUGCAGCAAAGAAAACAAGCUUGUCUGUAAAAGCGCAAAAGAACUGGCGGUCUGACAAGAAGGAUGCACACCAGACCCUCACAAUUGAAGACAAGUCUUCUUAUAAAAGAAAGCGAGAAACCUAUCCAGCCAUCCCUUGUGGCAAUGAAGAAUUCCAUGCCAUACUCGAUUCAAUGUUUGCUGAUGGUGUCAUCAAAAUACCGCGGCCACAAAAACCUCCCACAACGGAGGAGAAAAGUCAUCCCCGCUACUGCCGUUACCAUCAGUUCGUUGGACAUCCCAGCCCAGCUUGCCAAGUUCUGCGAAGAAUUCUCCAUGAAAAAAUAAACGAUGGAACGCUCGAGUUAUCUACCAAGCCGCAAAGGAUUGAUGAGGAUCCAUUGCCAAGGCGAAAGGGGAAGGAGACAUGCGCUGUGAUCACCGCAGCCAAGGAUCGUAUAGAGGAAGACAUGAAGCAUAACACAGCAUACCAACACCAAGGUUUACAAACCUUUAAUCAGUCUUCUUGGAGCAAGUACUCUAGGCUUCAGGGUUACAAUACCCCAUGA